UGUGCCGGGCAGCGGCGGGGCGGAGGUGCCGCUGGAACGAGKUGUCCCUGCCCGAGCUCCUGCGCCGCGCCCCGCCUCGCCUGGCUCCGCCAUGGGCUUUUCCUAGGGAAAGACAAAGUUUCCCRCCCGGCCCCUGCCCGUACCGGGAAGCGCCGCCGUGUGACCGCUUCCCCUCGCCUUACCCCGGCAGGGACGGACAGCAUGGUGCUGAGCGCGGACCAGGUGARCCUCAUCGGGCAGGUGUUCGAGUCCUACGUGCUGGAGCACCACCGGGACGACAUCCUGGGCAUCCUGAGGGAGGCGGACGAGCAGGCGCACUACCCCGUCGUCGUCGACGCCUUGACGCUCUUUGAGACCAACAUGGAGAUCGGGGAUUACUUCAACGCCUUCCCCAGCGAGGUGCUGCCGAUUUUCGACAGCGCGCUGAGGCGGGCGGCGCUGGCAGCACUGCAGGACAGCACAGACCAGGAUCAGCUCAGCCUGAAGCAGAACCUCCACGCCAGAGUCUCGGGUUUGCCUGUUUGUCCAGAGCUGACUCGAGAGCACAUCCCUAAAUCCAAGGAUGUGGGGCACUUUUUGUCUGUUACUGGGACUGUCAUACGUACCAGUUCGGUGAAGGUUUUGGAGUUUGAACGGAGUUACAUCUGCAACAAGUGCAAGCACGUGUUUGUUGUCAAGGCUGACUUUGAGCAGUACUAUGCAUUCUGCCGUCCAUCAGCCUGUCUCAAUGAAGAAGGCUGCAACUCAACCAAGUUCAUGUGUCUCUCUGGAACAACCUCCUCUCCUACCUGUUGCAGGGACUAUCAAGAAAUCAAAAUUCAGGAACAGGUUCAGAGGCUGUCUGUUGGAAGCAUCCCUCGUUGCAUGAUAGUUGUUCUGGAAGAUGACUUGGUGGACAGUUGCAAGUCUGGAGAUGACAUCACRGUGUAUGGAGUGGUAAUGCAGAGGUGGAAACCUUUCCAUGAGGGUGCACGCUGUGACUUGGAGCUUGUUUUAAAAGCCAACUAUGUUAAAGUGAACAAUGAGCAGCUAGCAGGRGUUGUAAUUGAUGAAGAAGUUCGCAAGGAAUUUGAAGACUUCUGGGAAAGGCAUAGGAACGAUCCCUUAGCAGGGAGGAAUGAAAUUUUGGCUAGCUUAUGUCCUCAAGUUUUUGGAUUGUACCUGGUGAAGCUGGCUGUAGCCAUGGUGCUUGCUGGUGGUGUACAGAGGACUGAUGCUGCUGGAACUCGAACCAGAGGUGAAUCACAUCUUCUAUUGGUUGGAGACCCAGGUACAGGGAAAUCUCAGUUCCUUAAGUAUGCAGUUAAGAUUAUGCCACGCUCUGUGCUUACAGCAGGAAUUGGAUCUACAAGUGCAGGUUUGACGGUGACUGCUGUGAAGGAAUUUGGGGAGUGGAAUUUGGAAGCUGGAGCGCUGGUGUUUGCAGAUGGAGGCCUUUGUUGCAUUGAUGAGUUCAAUAGUAUCAAAGAACAUGACAGAACCAGCAUCCAUGAGGCAAUGGAGCAACAAACCAUCAGUGUUGCAAAGGCAGGUUUGGUGUGCAAACUUAACACGAGGACAACUAUCCUGGCAGCAACAAACCCCAAAGGCCAUUAUGACCCCAAUGAAUCUGUCUCUGUCAACAUAGCUCUUGGCAGUCCCCUCUUGAGCAGAUUUGACCUGGUCCUAGUAUUGUUAGAUACAAAGAAUGAGGAAUGGGACCACAUAAUUUCAUCCUUCAUCUUGCAAAAUAAAGGUUGCCCGAGUGAAUCAGAAAAGCUCUGGAGCAUGGAAAGGAUGAAAACCUACUUCUGUCUUAUAAAAAGCAUACAGCCAAAAUUGUCUGAAGAGAGCAACCUGAUCCUUGUUCGCUACUAUCAAAUGCAGCGUCAGAAUGACUGCAGGAAUGCUGCCCGCACCACAAUCCGCCUGUUAGAGAGUCUGAUACGGCUUGCAGAAGCUCAUGCCCGAUUGAUGUUUAGGGAUACUGUGACUUUGGAAGAUGCUGUAACUGUGGUAUCAGUGAUGGAAUCUUCUAUGCAGGGGGGUGCACUUCUUGGAGGCAUCAAUGCCUUACACACCUCAUUUCCAGAAAAUCCAAUGGAGCAGUACCGAACACAAUGUGAAGUCAUAUUGGAGCGGCUGGAGCUGAAAGAUCUUCUGCACAAAGAGCUACAAAGACUGGACAGAUUGCAAAAGGAAAAUUCAUGCCAGCAGCAGCCUGAAGAGACAAAUUUCAGUACUGCCACAAGAUGCUCAAAUGAGGAUGCAUUUGGGCAGUCAAAGCAAAGGUYUCAGUCAGUACCUUCAAAUCAAGAAGAGGAUAACUCUGGGCCACAGACACCUUUGCCUGAAGGCAGCUGUGAAGGGGAAAUUCAUCUAGAACCCUUGUGCAACCCAGCACGUGGCAAUAACAAAAAUACAAGCACCCUGGCAUGGUUUGACAGCCUGGAAGAGACAGGCAUUGAUGUUGAAGAAAAUUCUCAUAAGAGGUCUCUGGUGCCCAAGAUAUCUCCAAAGAACUUGGCUUCAAAAACCCCAGGUAAAACAUCUUGUUUUGAAGAAAGAUCUGCUUCAAUACCAAGGAAGCAAAAUGGAUUAAGAGAGUCACUAGCAACUGUGGAUCUGCACRCUCCUUCAAAACAGGACAAAAUUUCCAAGUUAAGCAGGAAAAGGACUGAAGAACACAACCAUUCUUCUUCAGAAGAUAAUAUUGCAGAGGCAGCACCAAGAGUGCAGGAUUCAGUCAUUAGGCAUCAUGCUUCUAAAAGCUGGCAGAGGCUGCACACGGAGAAAUCACAUGGAUUCUUUACAAGUACACAGGACCCCGAGGCAAAGGUCCCUCUUUCAGUAUUACCUGCCUCUGGCCUGCCAGAUCUUUCAAGCAGUGCAGAUUCUGUGCUAGGGGAAGAAGAGAACAGCGUAUCUGUAGCAGCAAAACCUGCAAUUUCUAUGAGAAAAAGAAGUAAAGAUCAAGUAGCAAAGGAAACRAAGGCAGUAAGUUCCCAUGAGCAAGAAAGUGAAAGUCCCCCAGCUGCUAAACUAGCUAAAUUUUCUUUCAGACCAAGGACAAAGCUUGGUCAUUCUUCAGAGAAGACAAAUGAAGAAUUUUCUCUUUUUCAGAGUGAAACUAUUUUUACGCCAGGAGAGCAGCUCCAGGGAGAGCAGCUGCCAGAAGAAGGCUSCCCACCUGAGAAAAACAAGAUGACAUUGACUCGCUUAGAAAAAUGUAGUUUGGAAAAACAAUCAAUUGAUAAUAAAGGGAAAGAAGAGCAACAGAGCCAGGCCUUAAGGAAAGAGAUCAGAGGAAGUGCAACAGUAUGCUCUGAUGCCAGUUUUGAUGCUGUGUCACCUCCRCCCACUGAGAAGAAAAGGGAGGGAGAGGGGCAACAUGGUGGCCCAAGCACAGGGAAGGUGCGCUCCAGCACAUUAGCCAAGCUAUCGUCGUUCUCAUUUGURUCACGUCCUGAGGCAAAACCAGAAACCUCACCUGCCAUUAAGAAUGACACCAACAAGGAAAGUCACAGCCCAYUGCUGAAGGUGCACAUGAGCAAUCYUAGCAAAAGGAAGAGUUUUGCAUUGGGAGAUUCUAGUAAAGCCAGCAUGGUCGCGAAGACAUCUCUCUUCUCCAUAGCAGAGUUAGAUGAUGCUGCAUUAGAUUUUGAUUGGGAUGAAGAGGUUAAGAAAAAUCCAAGCACUUAACAUGUACAUCCUCCCAAUGUUCUUCUGAAUCUUCACCCUUCUAUCAGUUGUAUCCAUGGUUUUCAAAUAAUUUCAUAGAAUCAUCCUGGACCUGUGAAUGUACAGCCAUAUACUUUACAUAAGUAAGGACUGCAUGUGCUGCAGGCCCAAUUUGGCUUUUAGUUUUCUAAACUCUUCCCAGGACCAUUUCUCUCAGUUCACUGUUUUGAYGAACCCUAAAGACUUGAAUAGUCAUGUUCAUGUGUCCAGAAAGAGUGAUCUUUCAGAAGAGCAGGCUUAAUUGACUUUUUCCUUCAUUUCAUGUAACAGUUUGAACUACACAUGAUUCAGRUUGUCCUUCCAAGUGACUGUGCUGCUUCAGAAAAAUGAUGGUGCUCAAGCCAUGUCAUUAUAUUUUGUUCAUCUAUAUAUGCUGUUUGUCUCAGCAUAGUUACCCCUUUGGUGAUCUGUUAUCAUGCUAGGGCAGGUAUUUUUGUAUUACCAGUAUCAUGACAAUUUUGCUUCAUCUUGAACAUUGUGCUUCUUGUCACAGAUUUGAUGCUGAAGACACAGAUUGAGAGCUUUUCAUUUCUGUUUUUUAAUUUCAGUUUUAAACACACUGGUUCGGGUAUCUGUGUCUAUAUUCUGGGUCACUUUKUCAAAACCCACCUCUAAUAAACACACGGUUCUCCACUGCAGAGACAASGAAUUUCAGGUGAUUGAAUGGGAGUCGUCAGUAACCAGGGUAACUUAAAUGUGGGCAUUAAGGCCUGCCAUAUAAACUGCACUUCAAACCUAGCAGCAGAGUGAAGAGCUUCCCUAGUGUAGCUUGGUUCUGASUCAGAUAAUGUUUCCUUGGAUAUUUUAAUUAUGAUUAGAGUUUUACUGCAUCUGAUAUGUAGUUUGUCUUCUGURGCAUGGUGCAUCCUGUGUCAUUCAUUUGUCUAAUGGGAAGUUAAUCUACUAAUGCAUUACAUGUUUACAGAGAAAGGUAAGCCUUAAUUUUCUUCUAGUGACUUGCCUGGUAUGUUUCUUCUGUAUUUGAAUUCUCCACAGAAUAUUCUUGUUAUUACCUGCAAGGUAAACAGAGAAUAGAGUGGUUGCUUAYGGCACAGUAAAGCCCUUGGGAGACUUGCUAGCAGAUAGAUCUGAUUCUCUCUUGGUUUGUUUACAAGUAGCUCCCUUGAAACCAAGUGAGUUAAAAUACUGCAGAAUUUCAGAGAAAU